UUUUAAAAAUUCACAUGGGAGACUAAUUUCAAAAAUUCCGAAUGUAAGUUUUUAUAUUGACAUUGAUUUUUUUUUUCUGGUUCCGACCCUGCAAUCCUUUCCCUUUCCAUUUUUGUGCUCCUACUUUUGAAAAUCUCUACAACUUCAUUUUCCUCCCACCCUUCACAAGUAACCAUUCUUAGCUUUCACGGGACUACAUAUUUUCCUAUUGGAAGAUUAUUUGUUUGCUUUUGGCUUUCUUUUGUCCUUACUCCUUACAUAUUCCUCCAAUUUUUGUAUAAACUACAUCUUUUUAUCAUACAUACUUAUCCAUAUUUCCAUAUACUUCAUACCCACUUGUUUAUUCAUUUUAUGCUCAAAGAAUGAAACUUUUGUUAUGUAAGUAUGUUUUAUUAGCCAAUUUAGUGUUAAUGGUAAAUGGUAUUUAUGCCCUUUAUCUUAAAGAGUGUACUAAUACUCCACUACCAUUACCCACAAAGGCUUUAAGAUAUGAGUUUUUGACAUCAAAAAAUGAGACAUGGAAGCAAGAAAUUAUGUCAAAAACUCAUGAUCAUUUAACCCCAACAGAUGAAAAUACAUGGUCUGAUUUGUUUCCUAUAACAAAUUUAAAGGAAGAAGAUGAACUUAGUUGGAAAAUGUUGUACAAGAAGAUUAAGUACUCUAAUGAUAAGUUAAGGGAUAGUUUCCUUAAUGAAAUUUCACUUCAUAAUGUGAGAUUAGACCCCCAAUCCUUAUAUGGGAUUGCUCAACAAACAAAUUUGGAGUAUUUGAUGAUAUUGGAUGUGGAUAGCUUGGUUUGGAGCUUUAGAAAAACUGCUGGUUUGCCUACACCAGGGAAUCCUUAUGGUGGGUGGGAAGGACCUAAUGUUGAACUUCGAGGACAUUUUGUAGGGCAUUAUAUGAGUGCAACAGCACAAAUGUGGGCAAGCACUCACAAUGAGACCCUUAAAGCAAAAAUGAGUAGCCUAGUGUCUGCUUUAAAGGAGUGUCAGGAUGCAAUUGGAACAGGUUACCUAUCUGCAUUUCCACCUGAACUCUUUGACAGAUUUGAAGCUGUACAACCUGUUUGGGCACCUUACUACACUAUCCAUAAGAUUAUGGCAGGCCUUUUGGAUCAGUAUAAUCUUGCUGGCAACACUAAAGCUCUGGAAAUGGUGACAUCGAUGGCUAAUUAUUUUUACACGCGGGUCCAAAAUGUAGUUAAGAAGUUUAGUAUUGAAAAACAUUGGAUAUCCUUGAACGAGGAGACUGGUGGCAUGAACGAUGUCCUUUACCGAUUGUACAUUGUCACGCAAGAUCAGAAGCACUUAUUGCUAGCUCACCUUUUCGACAAACCAUGCUUUUUAGGACUACUUGCAAUGAAGGCGGAUAGUCUCGCUAGAUUUCAUACGAAUACUCACAUUCCAAUCGUUAUUGGUGCGCAAAUGAGAUAUGAAGUUACGGGUGAUGAAUUAUACAAGGAAAUCGGAUCAUUUUUCAUGGAUGUUGUCAACUCCACACAUAGUUAUGCUACAGGGGGAACUUCAGUUGAAGAAUUUUGGACUAAUCCAAAAAGGUUAGGCGACCAGUUACAAACUGAAAACGAGGAGUCUUGUACAACAUACAAUAUGUUAAAGGUCUCGCGUAACUUGUUUAGAUGGACAAAAGAAAUUACGUAUGCGGAUUACUAUGAGCGAGCACUCACGAAUGGUGUGCUAAGCAUACAACGAGGCACUGAACCAGGUGUCAUGAUCUAUAUGCUUCCUCUAGGACACGGAGUUUCGAAGGGACAAACCUAUCACAGUUGGGGCACUCAGUUCAAUUCUUUCUGGUGCUGCUAUGGAACAGGAAUCGAGUCAUUCUCGAAAUUAGGAGAUUCGAUAUACUUUGAAGAAACAGGGAAAGAACCCGGGUUGUAUGUUAUUCAGUACAUACCUAGCUCACUCGAUUGGACUUCUGCACAGAUUUCGUUAACCCAAGUUGUAGAUCAUGUCGUUUCCUGGGACCCGAACUUUAGAGUGAAAAUACAAAUUUCAUCAAAGAAGGCUUCCGGGACAGCCAGCCUCAAUUUUCGUAUACCUUCUUGGACAACAUCAAGCGGUCUAAGUGCCUCGCUCAACGGAAACUUAUUGCCUCUGCCGAAUCCAGGUAACUAUCUAACAAUAUCGAAGAGCUGGGGAAGUAGCGAUGCGAUUACAUUCCAAUUUCCGAUGGUUCUUAGAACCGAGUUUAUUCAAGAUGAUCGUCCACAAUAUGCUUCUCUUCAAGCAAUUUUAUAUGGACCUUACUUGCUUGCGGGUUUAAGUAGUGGCGACUAUGACAUCAAAACAGGAUCAGUUAGCUCGAUUUCAGAUUGGAUAAGCCCGAUUCCAUCUGAUUAUAAUUCCAAUCUGAUUUCCCUUUCUCAAGAUUAUGGGAAUGCAAAGUUCUUCAUCUCAACCCAAAACCAACUUCUCACAAUGCAAGAAUCUCCUCAAGCUGGGAAUGAUUCUUAUGUUCAUUCAACUUUUAGACUCAUUUUUACAAACCUAUCACCAACAAAAAGGGGAAACUCGAGACAAGAUAGUCUUAUCGAUAAAAUAGUCAAGCUAGAACCUAUCGAUCUUCCAGGAAUGGUAGUCGCACACCAAGGUGAAGGUAGUGUACUCACUGUCGUAGGUGCAGGUUCCAAUAACAAAGUUUCUACGUUUCUCAUUGUUAAGGGAUUAAAUGGUGAAGAUGGAACAAUCUCCUUAAAAACCAAAGAAGGUUGCUUUGUAUAUAGCGACUAUGAUACUAAAACGGACCUUAAUGUGAAACUUAGCUGCAAAUCUGUGAGUUCGGAUCCUUCAUUCAAAGACGCGAUGAGCUUUAAAUGGGUGGAUGGUCUUAGGAAGUAUCAUCCUAUUAGCUUUGUGGCUAAAGGGUUGAGGAGAAGUUAUCUUCUUGAACCAUUAUUGGGAUUAAGGGAUGAAUUUUACAAUGUUUAUUUCAACAUUACUAUGUAGAUGCUUUUUAUGGUGAAAGUGUUAUUGUGUACUGCUUGAUUUAAUUGUUAAAAAGUAGCAAUCUGAAUUCAAGAUAAUAAAAAUUACUAGCCUAAAGGUAUUGAUUAGAACAGUUGAAUAUCAUUCUUGAUGAUGUACUAAUGAACUUACUAUUUUUCAAGUAAUAAGAUCAAGAUUUUAAGCA